GAAGAAGCAAAAGGUUUUUCAUCCACCCGAGUCUGCAAAGCGAUAGCCAAUCGAGAGGACGUCCAUCUCCAAAUUCCAGUCGCUUUUGCUUCGCGAUUACAGAAAUCCGCGACCAUAUUUCUUUUUCUUACUUUUGCUAUCCAAUAGACGGAAAAAGUGUUCUAUGGGUGAAAUACUACUACGUGUUAUUGAUAAAAAGUAAGUUGAUUGUGAAAAAAAGUAUUUUGAAAUUGGGGUGCAGUGGAAAAUUCGAGUUUCCGACAACAAAAAAGCUUACACAUUCAUGGAAAAAGGAAGUGAUUUUUCGGAGCUGGGCUGUGCCUGGCAUUUCCCGUUAUAACAACGAUACUAACCGGGUUAUGAAGGAGCAGUAAGAAGAUAUGAAUGGAAAUUUUCAGUGCAAGUGACAUGGACCUCAAAAUGCAGUUCAUCCCGAUAUGAGCUGUGGAUUCCGUGUGGUCAUCCGGAUAUAAUACCCUAGAGAAGGGGUUUGGCUCCAGACAUGGGAGACUUACGGCUAGAGGCAAAAGAAUAAAUUGCUUUCUGUACUGUUCGGAAGCUGUGGUAUUGGAAAAAGAAUUUAAAAUCGUGGUUAUAUGUAUGUGUGUUUUAUCCGAUGGGUAGUUGUGAGUAUAGAAGUUGAUUAAUUGGAAGAAGUGAAAAUUGUGCUACUGAAGUAUAUCAUAAAAGAUUGAUAGUUUGUUAAUGGUUUUGUACCAGUAAAUAGUGGCAUCCAGAUAGGAGAAAAUAUUAUUUUUUUUUACUGAAGGGAGAGUUUGGAAUGCUGGCGGCUCACUUCCGGUGCUGAGAGAACCGUCUAGUUCAAGUUUACUUGUGCGCCACAGACGACCGAAUCAUGGGAGCCCAGCAAGUCAAGGAGCGCCCUUCUGUCGGUGGCGGCGGUGGCUCUGGGGGUGCCCCAAUAGGCUCUGCUUCUACGUUGGGUGCCGGCAGUUCGAUUCGGUCCAGUCGGAACAAGCCCCGGGUGCCGAAAGAUUCGCGCAUUCUUGGAUCGAACAUCUUUACGGAGCAUAGUGCGGCCCAUUUAAGCCGUUUUCGAACGCCCGGAUUCAAAGAAGAAGCACUACUGCAAUCUCGUCCUCUUCCACAUAUUCCUCCACCGGGCAGCCUCAUUUCCGCUGACAUGCUCACUCAAAGUCAAGACGGUUCGGAAAAUCACACCGGCACCAUGCACUCCCAAGGAAGCUCAAAUACGGCUCAAUCAAAUUUCGAAAAUGCAAAUCGGUGGACUUCCAAGGAAAAUCUACUUGCUCCGGGCCCGGAGGAAGACGAUCCGCAGUUAUUUGUAGCCCUGUAUGACUUCAAAGCAGGUGGCGAAAACCAAUUGAGUCUGCGAAAGGGCGAACAAGUACGGAUACUGUCCUAUAAUAAAUCCGGUGAAUGGUGUGAGGCACAUUCCGACUCCGGUCAUGUUGGUUGGGUGCCUUCGAACUACGUUACACCUUUGAAUUCCCUGGAGAAACACUCCUGGUACCAUGGACCCAUUUCGCGAAACGCAGCUGAAUAUCUUCUUAGCUCGGGAAUCAAUGGUAGUUUUCUGGUACGGGAAAGUGAAAGUUCGCCAGGACAGCGCAGCAUAAGUUUAAGGUAUGAUGGACGUGUCUAUCACUAUAGGAUAUCCGAGGAUUCGGACGGCAAAGUGUACGUAACGGCGGAGGCUAAAUUUAAUACCCUAGCAGAACUUGUGCAUCACCACAGUGUCCUGCACGAGGGUCAUGGACUGAUAACGCCACUGCUAUAUCCCGCACCAAAGCAGAACAAACCGACUGUUUUCCCGCUGAGCCCCGAACCGGAUGAGUGGGAAAUUUGCCGAACUGAUAUUGUCAUGAAGCAUAAACUCGGCGGCGGCCAAUAUGGCGAAGUGUAUGAGGCUGUGUGGAAACGUUAUGGGAAUACGGUGGCAGUGAAGACGCUCAAGGAAGACACGAUGGCACUGAAGGAUUUUCUAGAAGAGGCUGCUAUUAUGAAGGAAAUGAAACAUCCGAACCUGGUGCAACUGAUAGGUGUUUGUACGCGAGAACCACCGUUCUACAUUAUCACUGAGUUCAUGAGUCACGGCAAUCUACUGGACUUCCUUCGUUCGGCUGGCCGAGAAACGCUGGAUGCCGUUGCACUGCUGUACAUGGCGACCCAGAUUGCUUCCGGUAUGAGCUAUCUGGAAAGUCGUAAUUUUAUUCACCGUGAUCUGGCGGCAAGAAAUUGUCUCGUCGGCGAUAACAACCUCGUGAAGGUGGCCGAUUUCGGGCUGGCCCGAUUGAUGCGAGACGAUACUUACACGGCACAUGCCGGUGCAAAGUUUCCAAUCAAAUGGACAGCUCCGGAAGGUCUAGCGUAUAACAAAUUCAGCACCAAGUCCGAUGUGUGGGCAUUCGGUGUGCUGCUGUGGGAAAUAGCCACUUACGGAAUGUCACCAUACCCUGGAAUAGAUCUGACGGAAGUUUUCCAUCGACUGGAGUCCGGGUAUCGGAUGGAACGACCACCUGGUUGCCCUCCAGAAGUAUACGAACUAAUGCGCAAAUGUUGGCAGUGGAACGCCUUGGAACGACCCACCUUUAAGAGCAUACAUCACGAUCUAGAGCACAUGUUUCAGGAAUCAUCUAUCACUGAAGCGGUAGAGAAGCAACUACAGGGGGCGGCCCUCCCCGUCCAGCUUACGCCGCAGAUGGGUAAGAAACCCCAAAUAGGAGCUCAACAGCCUCCAAUGCAUGAACCUGUCAUCACACCUAUUUCAGAUACCGGUUCUAGCUCCAAGCUCAGUACGUUUCCCAACAAACCUUCUACGGCUGGUGUACAGAUGCGAAGAACUACUAACAAACGUGGUAAAACAGCACCGGCGCCACCGAAGCGAACAAGUUUGUUAUCAUCUAGUCGCGAUUCAACGUACCGGGAUGAGGACAGUGGCAAACCCGGCGAAUGCGAACAGAAUACAAACGGUAUUAUACCAAUCACUAAAUCGACUUCUUGCAGUAGUUUCCUUAUCGAUAGGCUGUUUCGAGGUUUCACUCGAGAUCUCGCCAAUCUGGUCCAUCGAACCACGGAUUCCGAGAACGAACAAACGGAAAUCACACCAGAUACCGAUACCGACAGCCAGGAACCGAUCGGUAAUUUUCAGAAGUCCUCAUCGCAGCAAAGUUCCUUCAAACGGGUUCCAAUCAUGGGAAAUCGAGGCUUAGAGACACGCAGUAGUAAGCGAUUGCCUCAGGGGGCACCCCGGAGAGAUCCAAGCGUCCCGGGAAGUGUUCCGCUACCAACAGGAAUUGCGGUAAACGCGGCUGGGCAGCCUCUUGUUGGUGCCUUGGAGGUGCAAAAUGUUAAAAAGGCUAUUAACCGUUACGGAACGCUUCCAAAGGGGGCCAGAAUAGGAGCAUAUCUAGAGUCUCUGAGACAGACUGACGGAACAAUGGGGCAGCAAGUGCCAUCACAAAUGCAAACCAAUUCUGUUCCACCCGAUCCACCCCCACCGAUUGCAGCAGCAAAUGUUAUUUCCAACAGUUUACUAUCAGCACAGCGAACGGCACUGAAAAUGCAGCAACAACAGCCUCAAAUGAUCCGUAGUAACUCAUCCAGUGGAGUCACUAUGGCCAAUUCAGCGACUGCUAGUCUUUCCAAACUACAAAGACACAGAACCACCACUGAUGGAUCAAUGAUGACAUUUUCUUCGUUCCGUGGAACUGUUGGAAACAAUAGUCCUAAAAGAUCGUUGCCCCCCACUUUAGCGGAUUUGGAAUUUCCUCCUCCACCGGUAGAUCUUCCACCACCGCCGGAAGAAUUCGAAGUGCAACAACCUUUAGGACCACCGUCCGAAAAACUCCUGAAACCAUCGAACGAUGUUUCCAACACUGAACCAAGUGUUGAAGAAGCAAGUUCCCGGUUCGGAGUAAGUCUGCGAAGAAGAGAACCGUCGACAGAUUCGUGUAGUUCUCUCGGUAGCCCUGCAGAUGCUAUGGUUCACAGUAACGAACCAUCCGUUCCCAUUCCACCACCCCCGAGUCUCAAAGAGAAACUCGAAAUGAAACUCGCAGCCGAAAUUAAGGAAAAAGCAAAUGUGCCAAAGUCAAUCCUCAAUGCAGAAAAUAACCACAAACUGUCAACUUCAUCUGAUCCCGUUUCACAAUUAGUCAGUGAACUAGCGGAAAAUAUGAAUUUACCAAAACCCCCUCCACCGCUACAACCAAGUGAUGUGACAACUCAUUACAAAUCCUCUGAUGUUAGUUCGCUGCGAAAGACCAAAGCUGCUGACAAUAGCAAUAUUCCAACAACGCAGCCCUCAUUCAAACCGCAAUUGAAGAAGAUCGACCCAAAACGAAUCCCAAGUCAAAUCCCCAAGAAAGAGGAAACCGCUAAUAUUAUCGAUUUUAAGUCCCGAUUGCGUAGGGUCGAAAAUAUUAACGAACAAACAGCUAACAGCAAUGGCACGACACUUGGCGAUACCAGUGCAUCGAUUGGUAGUAGCGAUUCUAGUAUGGACAAUAAUAACAAACUGCAUUCGAACAGUGUCAAUAAUAACAAUAGCAACAUUCUAAAUAAUAAUCAAUCAAUCAGUGAUCAUUCUUCAAGUGACAACGAAAUAAAGGGUAAGCGGAACGAUUUCUUACGCAAUGGAACAACCAAAAAUGGUCCAUCUCAACCCGACUCGAUCAACAAGCUAUUGUUAGAGAAUAAUGAGAUCAACUCACUGAAGUUGAAAAAGACAACAUCUUCGGUGGUGACCAGCGUGGCACCAAUCGAUAGCAAUAAAAUUAUUGAGCUGAAAAAGACUGAAAUUAAAAUUGAACUUAGUCAGGAGGAUAAGAAACGAGAAUGCUUGGACAGUAAUUCGAUAAAAGCAGACGGCAGCGGUGGUAGUGGAGGAGAUAACUUAUCUACCGGUAGUGGAGGCACUGGAGACGAAGGUGAUAAACGGAAGAGUACUGGUAGUAUUAGCAGUUUGAAAAAGCUGUGGGAGGCUAAAGAAUCGCCCAAUGAACAGAAUACGCAGUUGAGUCCAAAGCUAGGCGUCAAAAGUUCGGCGAAUCUCAAAUUGAACAACAAUCCGGAUGAGGAAACCGCUUGCGUUAACACUCCUAGUACAAUCGUAACAACAACGAACACUAAUUCCACCCAAAGUGAUGAACAUCAGCCAAUACCGCAAUUGAUUACAGCAAAAAAGCCUGCGGUUCCGGUAAAGCCAUCAAAAUUCACAUCCAUCUAUGCCACUCCUGUUCAGACGCAAAUUCCAAAUCCAACCCUGAUAACGUCAAUCAGCAACGCCAGCAACACUACCACAUCGAAAUCCAACGACAGCAAUAGUUCUCUUUUGUCGGAAAAAUCAACCGCUUCUUCGUCUUCCGCUCCCUCGUCGUCGGCGAGCCGCGAGGGAAUCCUUGAAUUGGUGACGCUACUCGAAAGUAAUCUAAAAAUUCCAGUCAACUCGAUUUCCGCUUCCCAAUGGCUGCAGCUGAGCGAAAGACUUAAUUCUCUGCAGUCCAGUUGUGUGACGUUUGCCGACAAUGAAACCUUACCGCCACAUACAAAGUUCCACUUCCGCGAACUGGUCACGCGAGUCGAAAAUCAGUCGCGAUCACUUCGAUCUGCCGGCAACAAGAACAUGCAGGACAACGAAAAAUUGGUACUUGAAGUUGGUCAAUCACUGAAGCAAAUAUCCAACGCGCUGCACAGGAAUGCUAGAAGCAGUCAGCUGCCGAUUUUGACGUGCAGCUAGAACUUUUAUUUUGGAAGUGAUUGGCCGACCACUGGCAUCAGAUAUACAUUAUACAUACAGCAUAUUUACCAAUAUUUACUACUACUACUACUAUUACUACUAGUACUACAAUCAGUAUCAGAGAAAAUACAGGUAUUAAUUAGUAGUUUUGGCUAGAAGCAUCUAAUAAUCUUGCUUUUGUUUGGUGAUGCAAUCAAAAUAACUGAACACGUUUAGCGAAUAGUGCGCCCUGCGAAAUUUCUAAAUUUGCUAAUAAAAACUCAAAUUGUAUGUAGAAACCACAUAUUAUGCUAUUGUAUUAUAAUUCAAAAUAUCUAUGCAUGCCGUCUAAUCAAUUUUAUACACAACCUUUACAACAAGCUCUCCAUUUGAACAUCCCUUGUAUGAAUAAUUUAUUAGCCAAGAAUGUGAUCACGAACUGUCAUUACGUCGUGAUGUCGGCAUGUUUGCUCAACAUCGGCAAGCUAACGGAAUCCCGACAGCAUGCAUGCAUUCUUGAUCGAUAAAUGAACGAAACCCAAUUCUAGACCGAGAACGAAGAGGACUUUUCGUUGGUUAUUGUGCAGCGCCAAACAAUUCAACAAAAGGGACGGGUAAACGAUUCAGUCAUUAUUGGAUAAAUUACCGUCGCUAAAAAAAAUGCAAAAAGUUUAUCAACUUUCAACGCUCAAUAAAAUUGCCAAAUAUAAAAGUGGACUAAUUUUAAUUGAUUUUAACGGAUGGUCUAAUAGGUUUUAAAUCGAUGGUUGAAUUGAUAAUAAAAGCUUAUCCUGAAAUCAGAACUGAAAUGUUUAAUGAAUUAUAUUUUAAUUCGAGAUUUUAAUUCCCAACAUUGUUUCAUUCGCGAAUCAGUUGUUUUAAAUUUAUGCAUAAGUCUAAAUGCUAGCUUAUAAGCUUCAUAACAUGAAUAUUCUUCAAUGACUUUCCAGAGCGAAAUUUCAACUAUAAAUGUAUUUGAAAUAUGGAUGUCGAACGAAAUUAAACAACAUUUUAAGCCAAAGAGCUUAAGACUUUCUAUUUUUUUCACUUGAGACUUCCCUUCAGAGUAUAUUAUAUUUUACAGUACUUUUACGCAUCCUUGUAUGGUGAGAACAGAUACGGUUAGUAAAAAUAGCCGUAGCAAAUCCAAUUUAUUCGUGCGUAAUCUAAGUUAUUUAAACUCUAUCUCUAAUGAUAACACAGUAAAAUGCUAGUCGUAAACAAUUAUAUUCUAUAAAAGUAGUAGCGUUCAAAACACCACAAUUAUAUGGCAUAUUACUCAAGGGAUGUUUCGUCAUCUACAACCGACAAAACCGAUCCGUUGUAAUCAUGCACCGCGAAGCGAACGGUUAUUCUUAGACCAUAGAAUAAUAGCGUCUCUCUAGGAAUUUACCAAAAUAAUCAAAUGAUGAUGAAAUCAAACGAAAUUGAUGAACGCAAAAAUCACUAUAUAUUUUUAGAUAAACCGACAAAAAUAGCAUUCAUAAUCAUCUUCGUCGUAAAAUUCAUCCGCUCGUGCAUACAAAAAGCUUACGUACAGAUAUUAUAAAUUUUAAGGCAGAAAGAAUAAUCAAAAAUCGGUAACAGCAAAUAAUUGGUUCAAGUGUGAAUGAAAAUAACCGCAGUAAUUACUUCCCUUGAAUGUGUAGCGGGAACCCUAUUCUACAAGUGUGUGAAGAAAUGAACAACUGUCAUAAUGAAAACCAAGUGAAAACGCGUGAUAUGAUAACAAAAAAAAAAUAUACACAUGUAAGACAUCCACAAGAUUACAACACAUACACCUAAUACUAUUGCAUAUAAAAGAAUGAUCGAUGAAUGCUGUCAAAAACACGAGAUAUUUGGGAUCCCGUGGAUGAAAACGGGAAUCAAUAAAUAAUAAAUGCCAGCCGAAGGUAGUAAUCAAA